UAGGAAUCAAACCGUGAUCUCCUGGUUCAUGGGCCAAUGCUCAAUCACUGAGCUACACCAGCCGGGCUCAAGCUUUUUUCUUUUAUUCCAGGGGCCUCUUGUCCCAGUGUGUCCCCAGUAGGACACUUCUGUCAUCUGGCAGCUGCCUGUGUCUUUGGCCCGUUAUCUGCAAAAUGGCCAGACCCAAGGCUUUCUAGGGACCCUUCUAGGUGUGAAAUUUUUCUCAAUGGUUGGUAAGCUUAUAAGAUUUUAAAGAAUAAAUUGGAGCCAAUGAUAAUGUCUAUUUCACUGGGUUAUUGGUGGAUAGCUGACUAAGUACUCAAUAGAUGCCAGUGAUCAUUAAUUAGUAUACUAUUAUGGUUAAUCUCUUAAAUAAAGGUGGGUCAGCUCAAUCCAUUAUAAGAGGAUAAUGGGUAAAUGGGUUCACUCUAUACGACAAUCUCUAUAUGGAAGUAAAAAUGUUGGUGGGCUUAGCAUGUUUUUCCAGAGAGAUGGUGGGUUCAAGGUUUAGGAGGUCAAAGAGGGGGAUAUUAAGGUCCCUUCCAUUGACCUUUUCUAGGCUCUGAGUUGAGGGUGCCUCUCACGCCUGGUAGGAGGUCUCUCACCCCAAGGUCUACGUCCAGAGAGAUGCUCCAACCCCGGUCAGGCAUCUUCCCCAUCAAGCUUGAUAGGGCAGCUAAGGGUUUUGGAAUGAGCCAUCAAAAGGUUCGUGGCUUCAGCCAAGGGCCUGGAAUUGAGAAGCUGGGAUAAAUCUUAUCUCAGAGCAAUUUUGUGGAAGGAGCCCCUGGCACCUGGGCUUCAGGUCUGGCUCAAGACAGGAGCCAGAAAGCAGCAUGAGGUGGUCAGCAAGACCUGGGUUUGAAUCCCAGCUCUGCAACUUCUUCGCUCUAGGACCUUGGGUGAGUUUCACAAACACAGCGUCUCUUUACCUUCUCUCUUAAUCCAGGGAAAACAUGUGUACCUUUUGGGCUUCUGUAGGGAUCCGGAGAGAGAAGGUCUGAGGUGGCCAACACCAGGCUGAUGAAGGCAAUGUCAAAGUAAAUGUUGACAGCAUCUUCUAUCCUGUAAAAUAAAACAUGGUUGGGAAGAGUUUUUUUGGUUUCUUGAUCUGUACUAAGGAACUGGAACAAGAAGAGUUCAUGAGUAACCGGUUCAUUCAGCCUUUGGGGACCGGGGAGAUGUCCUCUUGUCAUCGAUUGCCAGCCCAUGUUUCCUGAAAAUCAGUAGCGAGGUUCCAGUAUUUCCCGGCACAUCCUGGCAGAAAGCUACCGAGUAUCUACCAUGUGCCAGGAGCUGUGCUGAGCCCUUUGCAUGGGUGAGCCCCUUCAGGCUUUUCAUUUCAUAAAAGGAAAACACCGAGGCGCAGAGACAUUAAGAAAUUCACCCCAAGUUUCUCAGCUGGUAAGAGGUGGAGCUGGGAUUUGUAUCUAGGUCUCUGCUUCGAGAGCCCAUCUUCAGAACCAUCCCAAAUAUGGGACAUCUGCCCUCUCCUGGGAAAAAUAAGUACAAAAUGGACUAGAAUGGCCUUUGCAACUGCUACAUUGUGAGCGCCCUGAGCCCAAGGACUGCGUGUUGCCCUCUCCACCCUCUCCCGGGCAUGCAGCAAGUAGGAAGUCAUGGAUGAACAAGUGGAAUUGCAAGCACCUGGGCCAGGCAUCUGUAAAACGCAGGUGUCCCCUGAGGAGUAAGUGCAUUGGAUACUUGUCUUUGAUAUGGCGAGACCAGGACUUUCCCAGGACUUUCCUGGGUGGAGGGAAGGGCCCUGAAAAUCAGGGACGAGGACAAGGUAGAGGAAAAGGCGGUGAGACAUGGAAGACGGCUCCAUGGUCUUACCAGAACAAACCAUCUGAGUUGUUGAUUACCAAGCCCUGGGCCUUUGCUGGAGGAGGUGGCGGUCUGUGGGCCACAGAAAGAAUCCAUGUUUCAAAGGACUCAGAGAAAACUGCCCCUUAAUCCAUCACUUCCUUUCAUUUCUUGUUCCCAGUGAACCGUAGGUCUUUGAUUCCCUUUGUAUCAUUGAUUUCUUCCCAACUCUCGGCCUUGGUGUUUAAUCUUUCUUUUCAACUGUAUAGUCCGCACUUUAAUUGGAGCUUCUUACUUCACUGCCGUGACCCCUGCUUCAUGUCUCUGCUUCAAAUAUUGCUCCCAGGUUCACCUCCCAUGAUGCUGCACCUGUUUCUGGACCUUGCCUUUCCCAUCCUGUGUCUGAGCUUUCGCUGUCCAGUCCCUCUGCCUGAUGUCUCCUCUCCCCACCCCUCCCCCUGUGGGAAGUCUACCCACACUCUCCAAACCCAGCACAUGUCCUUCUCCUUCGGGACUGUGUUUCCAACUGUUCAUCCAUCUCUGUUGUCGUAACUCCAGCAGCCCUGGCGUGCGUCUACAUCAGUUCCUUGGGCAAUUAAUCAUUAUCUUCCUCUUUUCUCCUCCUCGAGUGUUAUUUAUCUCUUGGAUCAUAACUUCUCACCUGUUCGCCUUCCUCUCCAUCUAGUGAGGAGUUCUUUAAAUGCAAUAUUUCUGUCUUGUUCACUGAGCAAUCGCUACCUAUGAGGCAGCCUGCAGAGGGUUGGGGGACAGCCAAGAGGAAUACUGGGUUUGCUCAUCAAUCACUGCUUGAGAGGAGGCCCUCAGAAAUGAGUGUUUGCUGGCCCAACCCAGUUCAAGGCAGUUCUGUCACCAACCACAGGGGAAGCCAAGCCGGGCUUGCUCCUGCUUUUUGCAUUGACUAUCUCUUUUGUCAAAGCAGAUGCCUGAGGAAGGCUUCCCUGUUAGUCUGGGCUCACAGGCUGCUCCUAGAGGCUCUACUCACCCAUUCCAGAAUCCACUCGCUGUGUUAGCAACCCCGCCUCUGGUGACAAGGGCUGGGUGCUGUCCUCGGGCUGGGCGCUUUCCUGAACAGGAAUGACCCACCCUCCACCCAGGUGGAGCCUAGGCCUGUCACAGGGAGUUUGGCUCCAGGCAGGGACAGAAUGGGAAGCCGGCUUCAGAGAGAGGGCUCUUCUGUCACUUCUGUGUUUCUAAAGCUCACAGCAUCCAGCUUCUAUCUGUAUUUUUCUUAGGAACAAAGGAGUGUGAUCAUUUCACAAACAUUUGCUGAGCACAGUGAUCAUUGUUUCCCUAACGUCUACCCAGCAGGGGGCUGACACAAAGUUAAACACAAUAGCCUCUGCUCUAAAUGAGCCUGGAACUAAGAACUCAAGUAAAUGCACACUGCUGAAAGCAGGAUGGCACGUAUGUGGCCACAACACAAUUUUGUGUCCGUGGCAGAGAUUGCUGAUCAAUCCUAGAACGUUGAUUCAGCUUCAGAAUCCUUCUCAACACAGUGCACCAGGCAGAACCUAUUACUGGAUUGGAUUUUGCCCAUGGGGUAAAAUCAGCUCAGAAUCUGUGCUUGUCUUUAAGGUGGUCCAAAGGCCACAGAGAUAGAGGGUGAUGUCUCAGAAGAGCCAGCAUAGAGAGCAGCCACAUCUGUCCAGUGCAGACUAGAUUGGGGGACCCCUUUGCUGGCAGUGUUCCAAAGUUGCUGUUGGGAAAGCCCCUAGGAUUGUUCCUUAUGACACCUUCAUGCUUCUGCUGCCUCCUCAUGGCUCCUUCCUGUCUGAGUUUUGGAGGAUUCUUCUUCCUCCUCUUUCCCCACAGGGAGCUGUUUUGCAAAGAUUCAACUCUCAUUCUUCUUAAGGUUAUUUUUUUUUUCUUGCCUGUUCUCUCCAUUGAAGAGCUGAUUGAAAUAGUUAAAUCUUAAAUCUUUAUCUUCAGAGGUGUCUUUUUUUCCAAAGUCUAACUUCCUUUGGCCUUGGGGCACCUGUGUGAUCUGAAACGAUCUUUCCAACUACCCAGCAUUCUCUGCUGCUUGCCUACAGAACCUCUCCUAUGAACACAGGCUCUUCUUCUAGCCUCAGCCCAAGGGGUGUGGAGCCAGGAUGGGGAGCCUUGCCCUGAUUCCUCCACUCCUUCUUUCUGCUUUGUCAGAUCUUACCAAGUCUCGGAGUCUCAGCUGAACUGUCGCUGCACCUGGAAAGUCAUUCCCGACUUUGUUAUUUCAGAAGAGAGCAAGCCAGAAGAGAAGCUCAUGGACUGAGGUCCUGACUUUUAUUCUUUCAGUCAGACAACAAACAGUGCCCGAGCACUCUCUAUGGUUGCACAGUGAAUGUCAUACGAGCCUGCCCUCACGGAGCCUGGAAUCUGGUCGCAUUUCUAUAUGCCAACAACAUGCCCAAGCAGGUCGAAGUGCGGAUGCCCCACAGCCACCUCAGCUCGGAGGAGCCGCCCAAACACCGGAACCUGGGGCUGCGGCUGUGCAGCAAGCUGGGGAAGAACCUGCUGCUCACUCUGACGGUGUUGGGUGUCAUCCUGGGGGCAGUAUGUGGAGGGCUUCUUCGCUUGGCAUCUCCUAUCCACCCUGAUGUGGUUAUGUUAAUAGCCUUCCCAGGGGAUAUACUCAUGAGGAUGCUAAAAAUGCUCAUUCUCCCUCUAAUCAUCUCCAGUUUAAUCACAGGGUUGUCAGGCCUGGAUGCUAAAGCCAGUGGGCGCCUGGGCACGAGAGCCAUGGUGUAUUACAUGUCCACCACCAUCAUCGCCGCGGUCCUGGGCGUCAUCUUGGUCUUGGCUAUCCACCCAGGGAACCCCAAACUUAAGAAGCAGCUGGGGCCUGGGAAGAAGAAUGACGAAGUGUCCAGCCUGGAUGCCUUUCUGGACCUUAUUCGAAAUCUCUUCCCGGAAAAUCUUGUCCAAGCCUGUUUUCAACAGAUUCAGACGGUGACGAAGAAAGUCCUGGAGGCGCCUGAGUCCGAAGAGGAGAUUAAUGUCACCACCUCUGUCGCCUCCCUGCUGACCCAGACUGUGACAGAGGCACCAGCGGAAAUGAAGGUGGUUAUCAAGAAGGGUCUGGAGUUCAAGGACGGCAUGAAUGUCUUAGGUCUGAUAGGGUUUUUCAUUGCUUUCGGCAUCGCCAUGGGGAAGAUGGGCGAGCAGGCCAAGCUGAUGGUGGAAUUCUUCAGCAUCUUGAAUGAGAUUGUAAUGAAGUUAGUGAUCAUGAUCAUGUGGUACUCCCCGCUGGGUAUUGCCUGCUUAAUCUGUGGGAAGAUCAUUGCCAUCAAGGACUUAGAAGUGGUUGCUCGGCAACUGGGGAUGUACAUGGUCACUGUGAUUGUGGGCCUUAUCAUCCAUGGGGGCAUCUUUCUCCCCUUGAUUUACUUUCUAGUGACCAGGAAAAACCCUUUCACCUUUUUUGCUGGCAUUUUCCAAGCUUGGAUCACUGCCCUGGGCACCGCUUCCAGUGCCGGAACUUUGCCUGUCACCUUCCGUUGCCUGGAAGAAAACCUGGGGAUUGACAAGCGUGUGACCAGAUUCGUCCUCCCGGUCGGAGCAACCAUUAACAUGGACGGCACAGCCCUGUAUGAAGCAGUGGCUGCCAUCUUUAUUGCCCAAAUGAAUGGUGUUGUCCUGGAUGGAGGCCAGAUUGUGACCGUGAGCCUCACGGCCACACUGGCAAGCGUCGGCGCAGCCAGUAUCCCUAGCGCUGGGCUCGUCACCAUGCUCCUUAUUCUCACAGCCGUGGGCCUGCCAACGGAGGACAUCAGCCUGCUGGUGGCUGUGGACUGGCUGCUGGACAGGAUGAGAACGUCAGUCAAUGUUGUGGGUGACUCUUUUGGGGCUGGGAUUGUCUAUCACCUCUCCAAGUCUGAGCUGGAUACCAUUGACUCCCAGCACCGAGCGCAUGAAGACAUUGAAAUGACCAAGACUCAGUCCAUUUAUGACGACAUGAAGAACCAUAGGGAAAGCAACUCUAAUCAAUGUGUCUAUGCGGCACACAACUCUGUCAUAGUAGAUGAGUGCAAGGUGACUCUGGCAGCCAAUGGGAAGUCAGCAGACGGCAGUGUUGAGGAAGAACCCUGGAAACGUGAAAAAUAAGGAUGUGACUCUCAGCAAAUUCUUGAAUAAACUCCCCAGUGUAUCUCAUGGUAAAAGAGGAUAUAAACACGCUUUCUUUAAAAAGGAAAAAACAAAACAAAAACACCUAUAUUUCUAUGUUUACUUAAUCUGUUAGCCGAGGCUUAGAGGACCUGUUGUGAGUCAGUGAUAGGCAUGGUGCUGUGUCUUUGCCAAAUAAUGCUUCGUAACCGUCUGAUGUUCUCAUGUGUGUUACUGUCGGAAUGGAUGCUGCUGGAGGAGCCGUUUGAAUUGAAGACACAUUCUUGCCAGCUUCCCUUUUCUCUCAAGAUGCAGGACCAUGGAUGCUCUUUUCCCAGGGGACGCGACUCAGGCUGUGUGGUACACUCCAGGGACUUGGGGUAACGAGCAGAUACACAGUGUGUUGUUUCUCCAAGUAUUCUCCAUGCUUCGCCUUGUUACGCACAAGAGAUUCUGUUAGGAGCCUCUAGAAGUAAUUCUUUUUCCGUGUCUUGUAGGGUUUGCCCACGUGUUGAUAAAAGCAGGUACCUGUCUUAGGGAACUGUGACAAUUUGUCUUCUGUCUGCUCUUUUAGCUCCGUGUUUCAGAGAGCAUUGCAGUGGGAACGGACCUGUUGAAGGCAGCUGGCUGUGGAGGCCACUGAGCCUGCGCUCUGUCCCACCUAGUCUGUGGACAUCCAUUAUUGAACUCUCAGAGUUUGCUGCGUAAUUUGCUCUAAAUUUGAUAAUGAGUUAGAAUGUAAUUUGCAUAGAACCACUGUAUAUAUUGACAAAAGUAAGAGAGCACAGUCAACAUACAUGUUAAUCAAAUUCAAGUAUUCAAAUUCAUUGGCCUUUGGUUUGUAUUCAUCUUGUCCGUGUGAGAUCAUAUUAAUCUCUGCUUCACUUUCUUUGUUUUACCCAUAAAAUUCUUGUUUGGGUUUCUAACAAAAAGACAUUUUUUGAUCUCCAAAUCAUUUCAAUCAUAUACUCAGUAAACCAAAAGGCCUAACCAUGGUGUUCUUCUUACACAUGGAGGACAGUUGUGUUGCCUGUGCCUCUUUUACUACUGUCUCUUGAUAAAAACAAAAGACUGUCAUUUAUCUAAUAUGUAGAAAGCUUUUUUUAUAUUAUAUCAAGCACAUAAAUCCAAUUACAGGACACGUUGGAAGCAAAGCCAAUCUUCCUCCCCAGUCUUCUCUGUCAAAAAGAACAGAAAACAACGUAUGUGCAAAAUCCUUAAAAGGUGCCAUUCCCAUGGCAAAGUCAAGGCAGCCUUGAACCAUGAAAUGGGCACCACACAGAUGGGACCUUUUCAAGGCUGUGAAAGUUUGGGGGAAUAAGAAAUAUAAUAGGAGCAGCACAGUGCCUUGCAUGCUGUUGACACCCAACGAAUCCUGAAUGAUUGUGUAGGUUAACUUUUUCAGUGUCUCUACUAUCAUUUUCUAGUGAAUAACCCACAGUAUUUUUCUAAAGUUUCUGGCUUUGGGAGUUUGCUGAGGACUUGAGCAUGAAUCACUGAGAAAUAAAGCACAUUGGAAGGAGUGUGUAGAACUUUGGUUCACAUGUGGGAGGCAGGUGGUCUUCUGAGGCCAGCAGAUGGAUGGUGAGAUGUUGAUGAAUCAUGACAGAGUCUAAAUUCUCUAAAGAAAGGAUAUCUAUGGCCACCACAUACCCUUUAUUACCUAGUUCUUGUGACUUCUCUUCCAAAUCAGACACCUUUGGAAUACACAGAUGUUUCCUUUUUUUUUUUUUUUUUGGUCUCCUAACCCCUAGUUAUUUUUGAAUAAGGAUCAUUAUUGAGCAGUAUUAAGCAGAUUUUGCUUUUAAAGAAAUGGCAUUGGUCUUCAUUUUCAUUAGCUGGACAGUGAGCAGGGUGGCCCAGGAUGUGCUGAACUGUAGCUGUGGGAAACGUAUCCCUUGCAGCAGACACUGUGGGUCAGGGGGACAGUUCCUGGGUGCAGCUGUGAAACUAUUAAGGCUUGUCUAUAAGUGGGACUUAUGGAGAGGAGAAGGAUAUGGGCAAGGCACCUAGGAGCUUGUGGUUUUGCUAUUUAGGGCCAGCUUAGCACACGUAUACAGGCUGACAUGUUUCUUGAUAGAGCAGUCUCAGGAUUAUCUUCCCAAGACGCUGCCUAGAUGUCUUCUCUGUUUGCUUUGUCUUCAGAGUUUUCCUCAUUACCAGUGAGAUCAUAAAUGUCUAAGUGCACAGUUUAACAAAGCAGGUAUUUCUGGUUUGAGAUUCUAUGCAAUAGAAUAGUUCCAUGAAAAUACACGUAGGAAAGCAUAUUUAUCUAGAUUCAACAAAUUAUAUUAAAAAUUAAUACUUUUUUCAAAUUCAAGACAAGCCUGAAAAUCCAGGAUGUAUAUAGAGCUGACAUAUGACUCUGUCCUUUGAUUUUUUUUUUUUUAGGCCUCAUUCAUUCUUCUCAUGCUGUGCCCAUUGGGGUUUUCCUUGCCCGGUAUAUGUGCCAUAAGCAGAACAAAUAGAUCCAGAGUAUACCUCUAACAACCUUUUCUAAAUAGGAUAUGUGUGAUUUUCCAGUGAUAUACAUAGAUUUAUAGUAAUAGCUCCAACACAGAUAUAAAUGCUUAUAACCCACUAAUAUUUGAUGAUGCAUAAAUGUUAUAUUUAUAUGAUAGACCAGAUACAUACACCACAUCCUAUAAGGUCUGUUUUGUAUUUUGUUGGUGUUUGUUGUUGUUGUUUUUGUUAGACUCAUUCACUCUUUUUAGGAAACAGAACUGUUUCAGGGGGAAACCAACUGAGCAGACUUUAAUCCUUCUCUAUCUCAUUUUUGCCCAUUGGCAGACCCAAGGGGAAUCAUCAUUAGAUCAACUACUUAGAAUUCUGUGAAUGCAAUCCAAUCAGUGAGGAAAAUGGCUUAUCUCUCCAGGUGAGGCUUUAUCUGAGAUCUUGGAGGAUGUGCGUCCCAUGCAAUCACCUUGGUCACACAGGUCCUCAAUACGGGACUUCAGGGAGGAUAUCUGAACCAGGUAGCUAUCAGAUUCAAUUCCUUACUUGCUAUUGGGUGUGGGAACAUAGCCUAUAGUCUCAUUUCCUGUGGAAGUCACCAUGUCUCCUAAAAGACAAAUAUUUACUUCUGUUCUCCAACUACUUGUUAGCAAGGAUGUUUAUAAAAACCUAAAGCAAGGAUGCCAAGAUGCCCAGCUCCUGGGUUUAGGCUGGAAGCUGAGAAAGGCUUAGGGGAAAUUCAGUUCUCGGGGAGAUAUAGUCCUGGUAGAUAAUGCCAGGAACCCCACCACUGAGUGAUUAGAGGGUGUCAGGUCCUUUCCACUUGUGCAUGGGGAAGUAUGUCAUUUUCAUGUGUGUUGAGAGUCAAGAAGCCCUCCUGGAGUUGGGUAACUCAUCUACUGGGUCCCCAAAAGGAAACCCAAUCCUGCUAUGCUUUUGCAAAUACCACACUUCCUUAUGUUCUCAACAGCAAAAAUUAUGGUACGAUAUUUCACUUUUGUCAGAGUCAAGGCUCUGUGUGCACUCCCUUUCCCCUGAAUGCAACAGUCCGCCCAAAUAGGAAUGCACACGCUCAGAGAGACUUCCCCAUGGUUCAGACUCUUGCUGGACAAGUCUCGGCAGCUCUUGCCUGGUUCCAUGGCUAAAAGUGCUCAGCAGUUACACCCAGUGGAGGCAGUAGCUCUUCCCACUUCACUGCUCUCAAACUCUUGGGGCCAUGCACUUGUCUGGGUUGCUGGUUUUGUUUUGCUUAUUCUCCAACUGAACUCAUUCCAAGCCAAUAAAAAGGACCAAAUGGGAAUUUUCAGUUAUUGCAAUAACUUGUUCCUUGAAUAAGAAGAGUAAGAUUAAGUUUAAGCUAAGAGCCUGGAGUAAUUCUGAAGUGAGGGUUUUGCAAUUCUAGUUGUCAGAGGAGAUUAGUGGUCUCUGUGUCUGUGGUAAUUUCUGGCUAAAACCUAGAAGGAAGGCUACCGAGUCCCAAGCCAGGCAGGUGACAUUAUCGGCAGGUUGCUCUCCUUGAAUAGAGUGAAUUCAAAGCUGCCUCUGAUUUUCCCCAAAGAAAAGCCCAAUUCCUCACUCUUUCUCCUCCUUUCUUCUUAUUCUAUGUAUCAUGGUUGCUGCUUAAGGAACAAUUGUAAACAACCAAGGGUUGGUUUUAGAAUAAGACGACAGGGAAUCUUAAUAGAAUAGUAUCUCAUUUUACAGCAUAACACAGCUAAUUCAGGUAAUGACAGAGAUGGUGAGAAAUAACACAAUCGGACAGAGGAAACAUGUGACUUAGACUGCCAGUUGUCAGCUGUAUAACUUAUACAAGUCACUUUAUGCCCAAGCCUCAUUCCUUCCCAUAUGUAAAGGGAAGGGGUUGGAUUAAAUGAUUAAAAGCCCCUCCCGGCCCUAAGAAUUCAUGAUCUUAUGUUUCUCUCCUAAGAGGUUUACUACUAUAAAAUAUGACUUUCUAUUUUAAGUCAGAGGGACCCACAAUAAUUACUAAUCAGUUUGCAUUUUCCUUGUCCCCUUUGGGGGAAAUCAAACUCAAGCCUCUCUCUUUAUUUGGUGGAUUACAAGCUUGGAAGAUGGCCAUGUUAAUCGACCCUGUGGUGUUUUGAGACACAAACACACACACUUCUGUAAAACUGCUCUUUGCUUACACUCACUGUCCCAGUCAAAGUAGCAAUUCAGCUCAGGGAAAAUGCUGCCAGAGUUACCAUGAGGGGACCGGACGCGUCUACAGCCUUACUCAAGCUCUUGCAUCAUUCCUGCUGUAGCAACAGAGCCCACUCCUAACACCCAAAACACAGUUCUCUCCAGACAGUCCUAAUCGCAUGCAGGAGCCUUUGGCAAAUCAACCUGAACAGUCUCAUGAAAUUCAGUGCAAGCCUUGCACAAUAACAGCCCCUGUCUGUAAAUACUUUCCCCGUCCUCCUGUAGGCGGACAUGCACACCCACGCACAGGUGAGCCUGGGCAAGUCCUUUCUCUGGAGAGAUAUACAGGGCUAUUUGAGGGAGUUCAUUUUCCAGUUCUCCUAUUGGUUUGCAUCACAUCACAGGUAGAGAAGCGCUGUCCAACAGGAAUGGAGCUGAGCUGGCUCUCACCCCUCUUCAAUGCCGGGGGACUUUCUGGGAUUGAUAGACAGCACUGCAAGAUGCAUGCCAACACGGCCUUUGAACACCCUUGUUGCACUUUUUGCUUCUGCCGCAAUGGGCUACUGUUUGCAUCCUUGCUCUUUGUCCAAACUUUUGCCAACUACGGAAUGGGUUUAGUAUUUAUUGUGUGGUGAGCACCUUGACCACCAGAGAAGACUUCCGCUCUUUAGAUUUGGGGGAACCAGAUGUAAAACUAGGACUAAAAGGAUUGAGUUUCCUUUUUAAUUUUUAGUUCAGAAGACCUGAUGCAAGAGCAGCAAGAAAGACUAUUUCUUAAUUGACCCAAAUAUGAAUCUAUGGAAAAGUAAGAGAAGGCCCACGUUCUUAUUUCAAUCAUUCUAAACAAUAUUUUGAAUAAUGAUCUAUCAUUUUUUUACUACGUCCAGCCUUGCUCCACCUUCCUACCUCCAGGCCAAGUAUCCACUUAGAUAUUUUUAAAAGUCCUUCUGAUUGUUCUAUGGGGGCCCUUCUGUGCUGAGAAUAAAACCUGCUGCGGGAACAGACCCCACUGCUUUGCAGAGUCGGCACUGGACCCAGAGCAUGGGUAGCAACAAGUCCCCACCGCCUCUGGAGACACCCCAGUUCCUGGGUGAGUGUUGGAACAUAACAGCUCACUGCUGCCCUUGUCAUCAUCCCCCAUGGAGACGGGGAUGUGCAGUCAGAGCCUUGCUCCCACUGGGGCUCCGUUUCUUCUCAUGGCAACCACUUCGCCUGCCUCGAAACAGCCUGUUGCCUUUGGUAGGAGAGAAAUGUGCACACUAGCCAAGGAAGUCGGUCUAGUGAGUCUCAGGUUUCUCCCCGGGGAGGGAGUUUCCUGAGAUGUGUGAUCAGAAAGCUGGCCCUCUGGUUGCUUGGUGCUCCGGGAGCAUUCUAUCCCUUGCCAGGAGCUCACCCUUCAGCAUCCAGAUCCUCCCACACACCCUUCCUCCUUCCCCUGGUGAACCUCAGCAUUGUAUCUCCAUGUUGCACAGCACAGACCAGGUGAUCUGGUCACUAUAGAGAUUUGUAUAUAUAUAAAAAAACUACUUUUGUGAGGAUUUUUGUAUAUUGUUUUUCUAUUUGUUUUCUACAGCUUGAGGAGAGAGCUGGCAAACUGUGAAUCUAAUUUGACCUUGCUGCCAGCAGAUAUAUUUUGGCUUCCUGAUAAGAAUCUAUGUUACCAGGGCCAACAUAUUGCCCUCUGAUCAGUAUUGCACCCCAAACUCUGAUUCCUCCAGCCCAACCUUACAUUCUUUUUUAAAACAAAUCCCCGGGCUUCUUUGCUAUUAUUUAUAAAGAGCACGAGAACAUGUAUUUAUAGUCCUGAAUGCUAUGUUUAAUAUUGAGUUAGCCUUUAAUAAUGUUCUAGGUUUGUAGCUAUUCUUCAUACAUCAUAAAGGACUCAGUGCAGACUGAAUUCCUCUAUUUAGUAUCUGUAAUUUUCAGACAGAUAUUUUCUUAUGGUAUUUUCUAUAUAACCACAUAUGUAGAAUUAUAACCAAUUAUAACCAAUUGCACAAGAAGUUUCUACAGCAAUUUAGAGCUAUCAGUUGUUUUCCUGAGCGUACAGCCACAUUUUAAAAAUGUAAGGACCCAGUCCUUUGCGAUGCAAUGAACGAAAGAACCAUAAAGAACAAGCAAUCCCCUACAUCCUGACUUAGCUGGUUAGGCUCUGCAUCUUAACAAUUCAUCUUUGUAUCUCAAGAGAUGGUGCUGGCUUCUUAUUUUUUGACACCAGGCCUUGUUUUGCCAGCUAAGCAUUCUAAUUGUACUUUCCUCCAAGAAGAUGAAAAAUAAGAUGAUAAUAGCGGGAUCAUGUCUAUAUCAGACUCUCCCAUGCCUUCCUACUGACUUGUGUAAAAACUGGCUUGGGAAAAUUUGCAUAGCAGAGACUGAGGGUUAGUGUGAGGAAGCACAUCAGGACAAAUUUGUCGCAGUUCAUUCUUGCCAAGCAAAUUGGUGAUAAAUGUCAAAGUGUUGUGUAUCCUCGGGUGACUAACAGUCCAUGGAAUUUCCCCAAGAGGCAAACCAAUAGCAACUUCAAAGGCAAAGAGGGUCUUCCUUCUGUCAAACACACUUUCUGAUAUGGUUGUAGGGUUAGUAUUUUCGCCACAUUUUCAGACAUAGUUACAUAGAAAGUGUACUGGGAUAUAUUUGAGCUUGCUCUUCAUUAAGCAAACAGAUUAGAAGUCCCCCUCAACUGGCAAUGAUUGUACCUGUGAUAUUCAAGUACAGAUAGCUGUCAAAGCAUGAAGUUCUUGUGUGUACACAGCAACACUUGGUUCACGCAUGAAGAACAGUGCCUAUGCACUUAUGUAGCUAUAAUGUAGGUAUCUAGGUGUAAUUUCAGUGAAAUGGUGCGUAGAUGUUAAUUUAAUUUAAAUGCUAAUUUUGGCUGUUCAUCUAACUGUAGUAGACUUGUUGAUUGGUGUUUUGAAAACCCUUCUUUUCCUUCUUAGAUACCUAGUGGUGAAUGAUUUCUCGUUUUCCUUAAUGUGAUUUGGGGGUGUAUAUCCGUGAAGAACUUACCUAUGAAUCCUUUGUACCGAUGAUUGUUUCCAAGUUUGUGUGCAUCCAGCAUCUUUGUCGAUAUGCAAUUCAGAGCAAGGGAGGGUUAGAUGUGGGCCGUGAUUCUUCAUGAAAGUUCACCUGCCAUCUGUGUGACGUAAUGGCGAAAGCAACUGUGGAACUUCUGAUGGCCUACGCUUAGCUAGUUUAGAAUGAGGACAUUGAUCUACAGCCCUCCUCUGCUUGGUGGGUUGGGCUCAGAGAGACAACAAGUGAGUCUGCUCUGUGCAUGUCAGCAACAUGUCCUGAUGUAAAGGUCUGCCUCUCUGAUUGCCACAUGCUGAUCAUGACGCUCAUGACUUCAAGGCUCUGAAGAGCCUUGUCUCCCUUGGUGUCUUGAGUCAGGACACAGGAAAGAUAUUUACUGACCAACUGCCAUGCAGGCCAAACGCCACAGAAGCACAGUCCUGCCAGUAAACGUCUGUAGAAAGACCCUAGAAGCACAGGGGUGGUCAGUGUGCAGCUUUGAGUUACAGAAAGGCAACUGAUAAAGCACAGAUCCCACAUAUGUGAAGGGAGUAUGACCUCUACCUAUAGGCUCUGUGUGCAUGUUUUGAAUGAUUGAAGGUGAGAUUCACUAAUGCAACGAUACACUUGCUGCCUAAAACACUCAUUCUGUGUAAUUAUCCCUCCACGUAAUGCCGUGGGGUCUCUAGUUCCUGUAAGCCCUUUCUCCUCUGCGAGUUCAGAGAAGAAUGACCAUGUGCCAUUAGGAACACUGAGUGCUCCCCUCUUUCCACAAGAGGAGCGAAGCCUAAGAGAUCCCCUGAGGGCACAGAACACAUUAAUUUUCAGUGGAGUGAAAGGUCUAUAUAUGGUAGACAGCCAUAUUUUCCCUGGGAGAUGUGGCUUCUAUAACUCCUGUCAAAUUCAAGGGAGAAACCUUAUUGAAAGAAAGCUAGCCUUCGGGCAGGAUUCUCUCUGAAGAUUAUUGUGUGUCCAGAAUGAAAGAUGAGAAUAAUUGUUUCCCUCACAUUCAUAAUCUCCAUUAUUAGUUUAAAGUCGUGUAGCACAGAGCAUCUAUAGCACAUAGUGUUUAAAGACUAAUGAAUGAAAAAAAGGUAAAAACUUCAACUAAUUUUUUGGGUUGUUUCUUAUCUAUGAUACUAGGAGAUGCCUUGUUGGCAAAGCACAUUUUGGGUAGUUGAGGUCUUUUGUUUUCACCUUAGGCUUUCCAAGCUUUCUUACAAUGUGAACUGAUGACUGUAACAUUUCAUGUGUAAAAAUAACUGGAUAUUGUUUAUAUACUGGAAAUAAUCUGUGAAUCCAAGAUUUCACUAAGUGUUUUAACUUUUGUGUAUAUAUCUCUCAUCAAUAAAUGUGGAUUUCAAUUUC